AUGAUGGAAACUUCUUCAAUGAACAUGUUGUGCCAGACAUUUUCGCUAGUUCUAAUGCUUGUCCUCUCCUGUAACGCAGGAAGAUCUCUAGAUGUCGAUGAAGCUCUUCAACAGAUUCUAUCAGAGAGUGACGAUGGGUCUUACUUUCCUUCCGAUAGUACAGAUCUGGACACUGGUGACCAAGCCGUGUCCGAUUUGAUUCGCCGACUUCAACCAGAAGAUCAACCUAGCAAACGUAUCUUCUGUAACGGCUUCCGAGGUUGUCGAGGUCGGGGACACAAGCGCACGAUACCAACAAAACAGCAAAGGCUACUUCUGGAAGAACCAUCCGUUCAGAAACGACCAUUUUGCAACGGAUUUUUUGGGUGUGGAAACGGCAAAAGGUCAAUGGGUGCUCCUCUGAGACAACCAGUUCCCAAAGCAAAUGAGCUCGAGACAGAGGUACUACAAAAGCGAGUUUUCUGUGGCUCUUACGGAUGUUUCAAUGGCAAACGGUCGUCUCUGUACAAUACGUUGAUGACAAGACUGAGAAGUGAUAAACUAGAUCUUGGACAGGCAGAUACCAACCUACCGAUUCAGGCAAAUUAUGACUUGAUGAGGUCAGCCAGAUCUGCACGUCAAACCUUUCCUGUCGAUGAGGGAGAUUUGGAUAUAUCAGAAAUCCCAAUGGAUGACUCUGUCCCCGAUCCAAAUGUUCGGUUGGCAAACUGCGAUAACUGCAAACUAGUAAAAGUUAUCAUGCCAAGACUGUAUGCCUACCGAAACGAGGAGACCAUUUCUUCCCCAACUGGUGAGCGAUUCAUGGAUGCAGAAGAGGCUUUACCACGUGAACCUAUUACGUCCGAAAGUCUUGACUUGCUUGGCAGUGUGAAUGAAUUCUUACCAGAUGAGACGGAAGAAGGUACCGAGAAUAUCAAAGUCAACAAAAAGUGCAGUCCACUAUCAACAUCAAGGCAAGCUUGCGCAAGAAAGCGACCGAGAAAAGUACGACGAAACCUGUAA